GUUGUUAAAAAUGAUACUUAUAAUAAUGAUAAUUAUGGCUUAAAAUAUGAAUGAAAAUGUUUAUUAUUUUAUACAUCUGUCAUUGUAUGUCAACCAAACUAAGCUUUUUUUUAAAAAAACAAUUUCUGGCAGACAAUUUAGAGAUUACUUGUUAAAAAUGCUAUGUCACAUAACCCGUAUAAUUUAGAUCGUAAUGUACAUUGCAAACAGUAUAGUACUUUAUAUUUAAAAUAUUAUUUAUUCGCUUAACCUAAAAACGGAAAAUUAUAAUUUCCGAUUCCCUAAAAUAUACAUAUAUAUAUAUAUAUAUAUGUCGCGUCCACUUUGUGUAAUCUUCGAUCAUAUCGUGCAGGUUGUUUUUAGGUUCAUAAAAUGGACAUUUAUUUUAUCCAUUUCAUGAAAUGGAAACCCGUAUUUUAAACUUGAUAUAAUUUAUUUAAUUUUUACACUAAAUGGAUAACUUUUUGUGAAAUCGACAUUUUAUCGAAAUAUACAGAAUAUCAUUGUCAAUGAAAUUAUACUUAAUCUUUCUACAGUUUAUACUUAAAAGCUUAAUAUACCUAUAUCAAUUUAGUACUAUAUACCCGUAUCAUCUGUAAUAAUCACGUUUGUAUUAACAUUAUCAGCUCAUAAACACGAUACAGCCCAGAUUAAGUUCUUCAUUGUAUGUAGGUAGUGUAAUUAUUUUUGGAUAAUGCACUAAAGCUAGUUAUGCCACUCUACCAGCUGCACGUUUCCUAGCACAACUAUACGAACCUCCGCCGUCCAGUACAAUAUUUCAUAUUCAUUAUUAUACAAAAUGGAUGCAUUUUCCGAGUUCUAUAAAAAACUAGAUGCAUACUACAUUGAAAAGCCAGAAAAAAAACCAUCAACUAAAAAUGAAAUUGAAAUAAUAAUCAAUGAAAUUUUAGCAGCUAAAACGAAAAUUGAUAAAAAAUCUAGAAGAGAGUAUUAUCUAUUGAAGCAAUAUGAUGUAUUAUGCGUAGCAGACAAAAAGUAUUUAGUUUUUAAAAAAAAUGAAGGUGAUAAUAUAAGAUAUGUUUUACCUUACGAAGAAUUAUAUGAACGUAUUAACGAUUCUCACAUAACAACAGGACAUGGUGGAAAUGUCAAAUUACGUGUAGUAAUGGGCAAUAAAUACAAAAUUCCAAGAUCAGCAAUAGAAAAGUUUUUAUCAGUAUGUUUUAUGUGUAAUUCCAAGCAAGGAAAAAAUCGCAGGCUAGUCAUAAAACCAAUUAUUACCAAAGACUUUAAUGAAAGGGUCCAAGUUGAUUUAGUAGAUUUUUAAUCAACAUCUGAUGGUAAAUAUAAAUGGAUCAUGAAUUAUCAGGAUUACAGCACAAAGUUUUUACUGUUGCGUCCACUUGAAAGCAAAAAGGCUCUUAAAGUGACAAGUAAAUUACUUGAUAUUUUUCUUACAUUUGGUGCCUCUAAAAUACUUCAAAGUGAUAAUGUACGUGAAUUUGUAAAUUUUGUUAUUUAUGAAUUAAAGGAUAUGUGGUCACAAUGUGUUAUAUUCCAUGGUCGACCUCGUCAUCCCCAAACUCAGGGAAGUGUCGAGAAGAUUAAUCAAGAAAUCGAAAAUAUGAUUCGUGCGUGGAUGAAAGAGAAUCGAUCAAAAAAAUGGUCCAUUGGAUUACAGUUCAGUGGCGUAUAAAAGGGGGGUGUUUGGUAGAUAUGACACCCCCCUUGAGUCGUAUCAUAUAUUACAUCAGCGGUUACCAACCUUUUUAGUAGUGCGGACCACCAAUUUCGUAGAAAAUGUUUGAGACCCACCAAUAGUUAUAUAUGUAUAAUAUGCACAUACGUCAGUUAUUACAAUUUAUUUAUAAAAAACAAUUGUUUAUCAAAAAAUAGAACUUCAUUGAAGUAGAUUAUUCAAGAGUUAAACAAUUUAAUGUAAUUUUGGAUUGUUUCCAAUGAGAGAAUCAAUAUUUGGAUUAAAAAUGAAAAGUUUUAGCCUUAAAUCGCUCAAAUUCAAUUUAUUCCUACAUUUAUUUUUUAAAAAGUAGAAAAAGCUCGUUCACAAAGACACACAGGUUGUCGAAAUAUAGCCCACCAAAUUUCUAAGUAAAAUUUUAGAAAUUGCACAGAAAGUCUCGCCGAAUAUUUAAGUAUAAUGGUAAUAAUGGUGUAGUUUUAAAAAACGAGUUUAGAGUCUGAUCACAUUAGAGUUCAAUCAACGAAUCUUCUUCACUUGCUGAUAUUUAAUAUUUUAAAAAUAUAUGUAAGUAAUAUUAAUAAAAUAUGGUUCACGGCCCAGUACCACCUGCUCGCCCAUGGGUUGGGAACCACUGUAUUACAUUAUUAUAGGAAUAUAGGUAAAUCGAUAAUUCAAUAUCAAAUAUAAAAUA